UGAAGCUGCAAGUCUCGUUGCUGAAGUUUUCUCCUUGGCUGCCUGGGUUUGAGCUGCUGCAAUGGAGAGUGCAGCGAGCAACAGUGAGGAUGAAAGCGGAGAGAAACCUCAUCCUGUGCCUCCGUCUGCUCAGGAAGGCAGCAGCCACCUGCUAUGCGAGGAAGGAGGAAUGAAAUCUGCAGCACGGAAAAGCAACAAGCAGCAACCUCUCUGCACAGACCAUCUGACAGAUACCAUGCUUGCAUCCCAGGGAGACUGUGAUACCAGUUCAUUCCUGGAAUGUGGGAAAAGUGACCCCUCAACUGAAUGUGACAGCAGCUCCUGGGAGAUUCUGCCUACUGACUCAGAGGAAGAGAAACUCCAGGCACACAAGAGAAGUGCAGAACUCUUGGGAUAUCACCAUACCAGACAGAAAUCACCCCCCAAGUCCAGUGACGACACCUCUGGCAGAACUAACAAGGAAAUGGUCCCGUGUCACCAGAGGAGAGAGGAACCAGUAGAGCAAAGAGACUCUAACAGAAGAGAUGACUGUGAAAGAAAAGAAGACCUAGGACCCGAUAGCAGGUUUGUUCAUGUGGAAAUCUGUGCUAUGUGGGAUUUCUCAUCAGACCCCAAGGAUCUUGAGAUCUGGGAGCUUGCUGGGAGAAGAGCUGUGUUUGGGAGGAGGUGUAGGUUUAGUACUGUAAGGCUACUCCAGCCUUAA